AUGGUCAAGCUCGAAGAAGUUCUCGACGAGGAGUUCAACAGAGAACAGUCCGGCCCCCAGGUCGAGGACGAAUGGGACACCAGCGAUGGUACGAAUCAUUCCAACACACGCGCAAACACCCCCAAAAAGAAGAAGAGAAGAGCUGACAAGUGUCGCGGCAACACAGAAUCCGAGGCCGACGAGGAAGACGAGGAAUACAUGCCCGACGAGACCUUUGCCGACAGACUCGCCGCCCUCAAGGACAUUGUGCCCNCCACAUACCGCAAGACCCUCUCCAACACCCUAAGCACAACCUCGUCGUGGGUCAGCACCACGCUCAACUACGGCGGAAAGACCCUGUGGGUUGUCAGCACCAGUGUCUUGCUCUUGGGUGUGCCGUGGGCAUUGGCUUUUGCAGAGGAGCAGCAGAUGGCCGAGAUGGAGAGGGAGAUGAAGAUGCAGCAGAGUGCCAACGAGGUGAUUAUUCCUUUCCAUAAAGACUUGAGGAUGCAGACGAUGCUAAUGAAAACACAGCUCCUUACUCAGCAGCAACAAUCGCAGGCAAAGCCCGCUCUGUAA